CAAUAACAUGCAGUGCCCCAUUCCACCGCGGCCAACAUGAUGCUUAUAAAAUGUCUCAUAUUUUUCGCAACUUUCCUAGGAUUUAUUGGUGCGUACAAAAUUGCAGUAUUUGUUCCGUACUUCGUCAAAAGUCAGGUUGUCUUUAAUAACCGCGUGGCUGAAGCUUUAUCGAAAAAUGGACAUGAUGUUACAUUGAUUCUGGUGGCCGCUCUUGAUGGUUUUGACACAAAAGGUGUGAAGGCUCCAGAUGACGUAAAAACAUACUAUUUGAAUGCUUCAUUUGGCAUGAAAGCUGAGGACUUUGAUAAGGAUUUGGAAAGAUAUGUCUUUGAGGAUAUUGCUAUCUGGGAUCACAGGCAACAAGCAUUUCUUGGUCGUGCCUCGAGUUUAUAUCUCGGGUCAUGUAGAAAAAUGGUAGAAAACAAUAAGUUUCUCGCUUGGAUUUCUGCCGAGAAGUUUGACCUGGCCAUCGCUUAUGUGGCAAACUUGUGCACUGUUGGCAUAAUACAUCAUGCAAAGAUUCCAACUUGGAUCUGGCUCAACAGCGCACCUUUGUUUGAUUUUGUCGCUUACUAUAUGGGGAUGCCGCUCAUUCCAAGCUACGUUCCGCCUAUGGUAUUGGACAGCAGCGAUGUGAUGAAUUUUAAGGAGAGAAUUAACAGUUUUAUAAUAAAUUUGAUAUUCGUCCCACUUUGGAAAAGAAUGCUACCCGAUAAAGAGACUGCCAUAUUUCGAGAAGUGCUGGACCCAAAUUUCCCGGAUCUGACCGAGUUAGGGAAGCGGUGUCCACUAGUGAUGGUCAACACAAAUGAUCUUUACGAUUUUCCCAGACCAACCCUGGCGAAAAUUGUAAAUAUUGGUGGAGUAGGAUUUCAGAAGAACGAAGUGAAACCACUGAACUCGAAAUUCCAAAAGAUAGUCGACCGAGCAAAAGGCAUCAUUUUGUUCUCAUUUGGCACAGUGACUCCGAGUGACAAAAUGCCGAUAAGCUGGAAAAUGGCUUUUAUCAAUGCAUUCAAAAAGUUUCCUGAUUAUCAGUUCUUAUGGAGAUAUGUAGGAACCGAUCUUAAAGAUAAACUUCCUCCGAAUGCACAUGCGUUCGAGUGGCUUCCACAAUCGGAUCUUUUACACCAUUCUAAAACGAAAGCUUUCAUAACACAUGGAGGGUGCAACAGUUUGCAGGAAGCAAUAUCGGCAGGAGUACCAUUAGUAGUUAUACCGCUAGGAAAUGAUCAGCCAAGAAAUGCAAGAUUAGCCGAGAGACAUCACUUUGCUGUGAGGAUCAGCAAAAGCGAUGUUUGCGCACAUAAAGUGGCAGAGGCACUCGGUAAAGUGCUCAAUGACCAGAGUUAUGCCAAAAAUAUCACGCGAUUAUCGAAAAUGUUGGAAAAACAACCAGUGAAACCAUCCAAACUGCUUGUUUCUUGGGUCGAGUUUGUAGCCGAAUUCAAAACGCUGGAGAAUCUGGUACCCGCGGGAACCAAGUUGAACUUCAUACAGUACUAUUCUCUUGAUGUCAUUGCAUUCCUUUUCAGUAUUGCAGCAGUUCUUGUCUUUAUUGCGUAUAAAUUAAUGAGGUGGGAUUUAUCUGGUAAGGGGUGGUGA